AAAGCUGAAAGCCCAGUUGUUGACUUGUUGCUAUUGCUCACUUUUGGUCUCCCUUCUAAUCAUAAGAGAUAAGACUAGAAUCAUGGAGGCCUGGUUCCUUAUCCUCAUCUCCCUCUGCAUCUCAGUCCUACUCAACUGUCUGAUUGUCGCCAAGAAAAGCUCCAAAACCCAGCAGCUCCCUCCCGGACCCUUCACCGUCCCCAUCCUCGGCGGAAUCCUAUGGCUCCGCAAGUCCUUCUCCGAGCUCGAGCCUAUCAUCCGCAACCUCCACGUCAGGUACGGGCCCAUGGUCACGCUCCGAAUCGGCAAGCACCCGGCCAUCUUCGUGGCCAACAGAGACCUCGCCCACAAAGUACUCGUCCAAAACGGCGCCGUAUUCGCUGACCGCCCCCCAGCCCUCCCCAUCAGUAAGAUCAUCUCCUGCAACCAGCACAACAUCAGCUCCGCGUUCUACGGCCCCACAUGGCGCAUCCUCCGCCGCAACCUCACCUCCGAGAUCCUAAACCCUUCGCGCGUCAAGUCCUACUCUCGCGCCCGUAAGUGGGUCUUGGACAUCCUUAUCAACCGCCUUAUAUCUCACUCCACGACGGAGUGCGGCAACGUUAUCCCUGUCGUUCUGAUUGACCAUUUCCAAUACGCCAUGUUUUGCUUGUUGGUACUCAUGUGUUUCGGGGACAAGCUCAGCGAGACCCAGAUAAAGGAAAUCGAAAACGCGCAGCGUCACUUGCUUUUGGGCUUUAGCCGCUUUAACAUGCUCAAUUUUUGGCCGACGCUUGGGAAGAUAAUAUUCCGUAAGCGUUGGGAGGAGUUUUGGAAGCUUCGGAGAUCCCAGGACGAUGUACUGAUGCCUUUGAUAGAAGCGAGGAAGAGAGCGAAGCAGGAAAGGGCAAGCAAGGCAAAAGAGGACGACGUAGACACAGAUGAUGAGUUUGUGGUGUCGUACGUGGACACGUUGUUGGAUUUGGAGUUGCCGGAGGAGAAGAGGAAGCUUGAAGACGGGGAAAUGAUUAGCUUGUGCUCGGAGUUUCUCAACGCGGGGACGGACACUACAUCCACGGCGUUGCAGUGGAUAAUGGCGAAUUUGGUGAAAUACCCACACGUCCAAGAGAGGGUUUUGGCAGAGAUUAAAGGGGUCGUUGUGGGGGAUGGAGAGAAGGAGGUGAAGGAGGAGGAUUUGCACAAGUUGCCGUAUUUGAAGGCAGUGGUUUUGGAGGGUUUAAGGCGGCACCCACCUGGGCAUUUCGUGCUGCCACAUGCGGUGACAGAGGAUGUGGUCUUGGACGGCUACUUGGUGCCCAAGAAUGGCAGUUUGAAUUUCAUGGUGGCGGAUAUGGGAUGGGACCCCAAGGUGUGGGAGGAUCCGAUGGCUUUCAAGCCUGAAAGAUUCUUGAGUGGUGGUGGAGGGGAAGUGUUUGAUAUAACGGGAAACAGGGAAAUCAGGAUGAUGCCUUUUGGGGCAGGGAGGAGGAUUUGUCCUGCUUCUGGUUUGGCAAUGCUUCAUUUGGAGUAUUUUGUAGCCAAUUUGGUAUGGAAUUUCGAGUGGAAGGCUGUGGGUGGAGAUGAGGUUGAUUUGUCAGAGAAGCAGGAGUUCACCGUGGUGAUGAAGUACCCAUUGAAGGCCCAUCUAUCUCCCAGGUUUUGAAUGGUCUGGUUGAUUUUCUUGAACUUGAAUAUUGCUGCAGGCUAGAUUGAUGGCAGAGAUGGGUGUAAAGUGUUUCUGCAGAGUAGAAACCGCAGUUUUGUGUUUGGUUGUAUGUUGUCAAAAUUGGAGGGUUUCA